GAAUUGCUCACCCAAGGACCAGGUGGACCUCUUAUUCUCAGGAAGAAUGGCACCAGCUGUGGCCUGGCUCCUGUUCCUCCAGCUUGUUCAAGGACCAACUCUGGUCAUGGACAUCAGCAUAGAGGUUGCCAUCCAGAACUUUCGAACCAUGCACAUUGACUAUCCCAAGGUUAACUACCCAGAGGGUUUCCAGGGCUACUGUAAUGGUCUGAUGGCCUAUGUGAGGGGCAGACAGCAAAGCUGGUAUUGCCCAAAGAGGCAUUAUGUGAUACAUGCUCCCUGGACGGACAUUGAGAAGUCCUGCAAGUACUGCGAGAGCUUCUGUGAGAAUUACAAUGAAUACUGUACACUCUCUGAGGACUCCUUUCCCCUCACAAUCUGCUCUCUGGAGACCAAACAGCCACCCACCAGCUGCCGCUACAAUAGCACCCUAAACAACCAAAGGCUGUACCUGCUCUGUUCCCAAAAGUAUGAUGCUAAACCAAUAGGUAUCAUUGGCCUCUACUAGGGAAGGGAGGCUUUCCCUGUGAACCACCCUCUACUGCCACCACGACCAGCCUGUCCCCCUUUUCAAAACUCUGAUUCCUGAUACAAUGCUUCCCCCUGACUUUGAGGGUAGGCAGGGUUCCCUCCAAAGAGACCAGGGAGGUAGAAAAAAUGUUCAGAGCUUUAGUCACCAUGCAAAAUCAUACCGUCUUUUAGGCUCUUUCCAGCUUGUUUACCUCUCCUCUUCCGCAUCAUCCGCCCUCUCCCAGAGACAGUUUUACCCACCCAAGAAGCCGAGUGUGUCCAGUUGGCAGUGCCUGUCCAUCCACUGGGCCAGAUACUGAAUCCUGGAUGGAGGCCCAGAGCCUCAGCUCACACCAUGGCAACAGGCACCAGCUCGAUGUUUCGACUCCCUAUCCCCACCACCCUUCUCUUUUCAGUCUUCCCCAUUUCCCUAUGACUCUCUCCACUCACGCACAUAAUGGAUAUCCUAGCUUUAGGGACCUCCCUGAGACCUUUAGGUGAAUUUUAGCCUCAUAUCCCUAGAACCCCCUCGCAGUUCCCUGUCUGCUCCUCUCCAUGAAAUCAUUUUCUUCAUGUAACCUGUUCUUUCCUCUCUCCUUCUACCAUGGAACCCAGUGUCUCUCCCCUACACUCCCAGCCUCCUUUAGUCACCCUGUCUUCUCCAACUUCUUUUCCACAAUUCUCACCUUGGCUCACUGAAGUUUAAAGUUAUUUUUUCUGGCCUAUCCCCGCUCCUCCCAAGAUUCUUGCAUCCUGUUCCCAAAGCUCCUCCUGAUGUUCUCUAGACUCUAAGAUCUGCUGCUGACAAAAUAGGUGAGGUGGGCCUAGAUGUAGUCACAGAAGGUUUUAAAGCUACAUCUGAGUUGUGUAAGCUAGAACCAUUGGAUGAA